AGAGAUAUCAAGAUAAACAUAAUGAAACCCGUCCUUCUCACCCUACUCACUUUAUCAGUUGUGUGUUCUACCCAGGCCGGGUUUAUUGGUAGAAUUUUUGAGAUCUUCGUUGAACCCGAACCUGUAACCGUAGAACUAUACUAUGAGUCGCUAUGCCCGGGAUGUAGAUAUUUUGUAGAAACUCAACUUUUCCCAACCUUCUACAAACUCAAGGAUGCAGGGAUAGUACAGUUUUCAAUGUAUCCAUAUGGGAACGCUAAGGAGUCCCAGAACCCUGAUGGCACCUGGAAAUUUGAAUGCCAGCAUGGAGAUAAGGAAUGUACUGGAAAUCUAAUUGAGGUGUAAUAUCUUUUAUUUCUAAUUUUUGAUCAGCUAGCCUCCUUUCUUUACUACAGUACCCAUGGCCGGGGUACUAAGUCAAUAAAUCGCCACUUAGCGGUCGGAGCCAUUUCUGGAAGUGCUCUGUCCCUGCUCCCUGAGCAGAGCUGAUAAAAUUAUCUGCAUGUGGAGCGGUGCACACUAAAUGUGAUACUACCUAAGGAAUUCAGUUGGACUGGGAAACAGUUAUAAUACAUGGCCGGACAAAUGAAGGGAUUUUAACGAAACAUUCCUGAUACGCCACUCCUACAAACCCUUAUCCAUAUCCACUCAUCUCUACCUACCA